CGUACCUAAGGCCUGCUUCAACGCUACCUCAAACAAUUCAAAGAAUCUUAAACUUGUUUAUUGGUGGGUAAGAAACUCCUUUUUCCAAAGCUCGAAGGCUUCCCAGAACCUACGGGCUUGACCAAUCGAGUCAAUGGCAACCACGCUCGUCAUCUGUACCUUUAUCCAGCCCCUUCAAUCUACCUCUCAAAGUAGAAGAAGCUGCAGCAGUAUAGAAGAAGGAAGCCAAGUUUCUUGCAUCUGAAGCUGCAGAUUCUAACAAGAACAAGAAGAGAUGGCUAGUGUUAGUCUUGUAGAGAGCCUCGGGAUCAGAGAAGAGGUAAUCAAGAAAGUAUGCUCAAUAAGCAUGAAGACCCACAAAUACGCAGGGAAGCAUUUAUAUGUUUCUGAAAAGAUUCGCAACUCACAUGAACUUGUUUUUAGCUUCCCUGGAUCAUGGUCUGCAAGUGAUUUGCUCAUCAGAAGUCCCUUUGGAGAAGUGGAGGUGGAUCUUGCGCUGUUCCCUUGCCUCCAAUAUAUAGGUCUCAAACAAACUGCAACUGUUAAUGAAGCUUUUCUGAACAGAUUCAAGGCUGUUCUCGCUAAUGCACACUUCAAGAAGGAGGUGGGAGCAGCUGUGGCAGAUGGGAAGCAAGUUGUGUUUACUGGGCAUUCUCUUGGGGGGCCAAUUGCUGUGCUCGCAAGUAUCUGGUUCUUGGAAGAGUACGUGAGACGGGAACCCAAGAAAAUGACACCUCUAUGUGUGACUUUUGGAUCUCCUCUUGUUGGAGAUCGCCUUAUGGGCCAUGCGCUUAGGCGUGAAAACUGGUCUCGCUACUUCAUAAAUUUUGUCAUGAGAUAUGACAUUGUCCCAAGGAUGUCACUCACCCCUCUCUCAUCUGUGGAGCAGCAACUGCAGCGAGCUCUUAAUUUCUUGAACCCAAAAUCCACAUUGCAAGAAAAUGCUGUUGAAGCCCCGGGUUUCUUUGUAACUGUGAUGAGUAAUGCAUUAUCUGUUGUGAGCCAUGCUGCCAGUAAGAUGAUGAUGGGGAGUACAAAUCUCUUGAUGGAGACUUUAUCAAACUUUGUUGAGCUGAGUCCUUAUAGACCUCUAGGUACCUAUGUCUUCUGCACAGGAGAUGGGAAACUUGUGGUCAUAAGGAACCCAGAUGCUAUUCUGCAGCUACUGUUUUAUACCUCUCAGUUGAACUCUGAAGAAGAUCUUCCAGCAGUUGCCCACAGAAGCCUAAAAGAUCAUUUGAGCUACAAAGAUGAACUGCAAGAAUGCUUACAAAUGCAAAGUGUAAUCUUUUUAGAUGAUCAUCAUCUUGAAGCACUUCCAUUAUCAGAUGAUGUAAUAGGGGAGAGUAACAUGGCAUUGAAUGACCUAGGCCUGAGCGCUAGAGCUAGAUUGUGUCUCCGAGCUGCAGGAGAGUUGGAGAAGCAGAAAAGGAAUAACCAGAAAACAAUGGAUGAAAAAAUGGAAAAUAUAGAGAAAGGACUAGAAAAACUACGAGAUUACAAAAAUAAAUGUCAACUUAAAGUGGGCUACUAUGAUGCCUUCAAGAUUUCAGAAAACAAGGAAGAUUUUGAUGCUAAUGUGAAGAGGCUGGAGCUGGCAGGUAUAUGGGAUGAGAUAAUCGAAAUGCUGAAACGAAAUGAACUUCCGGAUGAAUUUGAGAGGCGGGAGGAAUGGGUUGAGAUGGGAACCAGGUACCGCCGCAUUGUUGAGCCCCUAGAUGUUGCCAAUUACUAUAGACACCUGAAGAAUGAAGAUACAGGUCCUUAUAUGGAAAGGGGCAGACCUAAGCGGUAUAAAUGCACCCAGAGAUGGCGAGAGCAUGCUGAGAAUAUGUCAACUGAAUCCUUGGAAUCAUGUUUUUGGGCUGAGGUAGAGGACCUCUGCUUUAAAUCUGGAAAUCCAAGCGUCAGAGACAGAGUUUUGCAGCUGAAAAGAAGAGUUGAAGAAUGGAUAAAAAAUGGGGUUCUAGAUGAUGAUGUGUUCUUGAUGGGUUCCACCUUUGACAAAUUGUUGAAAGAGCACUCUUUAACAAAUUCAUAGCAUACGUAAUAUUUCAGGGAUCAUGGAGCUGAUUAUCAAGAUACAAUAAUUAUUAAUAUGUUUAGGCCUUUCCCCGUAAGAACUUCUGCUGUACUGUAUGUGCUCGGUUCCUGAUCUAAUGCAACGCAUUAUAAUAUCGAUUUGGUGGAAAGCCGUAA